AAUUAAUAAAUCAAUAAUAUGGGAGUGCUGAGUGGAAACCUAUAGUGCGCAUGCGCAUCUGCUACGUCUGUCUCUGGCAAGAUGGCGGCCCCCGUAGACCUAGAACUGAAGAAGGCCUUUGCAGAAUUGCAAGCCAAAAUGAUUGAUACUCAGCAGAAGGUGAAGCUUGCAGAUUUACAAAUCGAGCAGCUGAGUCGUGUGAAGAAGCACGCCAAUCUGACCCAUGCGGAGAUCACGUCACUCCCCAAUAACACUCACAUGUAUGAAGGAGUGGGACGCAUGUUUAUCUUGCAGUCAAAAGAUGAGAUCAAUAAUCAGCUGUUGGAAAAGCAGAAGACGGCUGAUGACAAGAUCAAGGAGCUGGAGCUUCAGUUCCAGUGUCUCUUCAAAGCUUCUUAACAUCUAUCAGCUGUGUCUCAACGCACAUAGUGACGUUAUACUUAAAGCAAAAGAAGUCUUACUUGGAGCGAAGUGUGAAGGAGGCCGAGGACAAUAUCAGAGAAAUGCUAAUGUCCAGGCGGGCUCAAUGAACACCCAUACGGCCCUGUUUUCACUUACCUGUCCACAACCUGUUAUUUGUUUAAACACAUUUUGCAUGUUUCAUAGAAAUAGUUAUUUCUAGGAACAGAACACAUGAAUUAUUGUUUUAAGUAGGUGCCUGUAAGACUGGAUGAAUAUGGGCAUGGCAUGUAGGUCACUCAUUUUUUUAAGCGUUGCUCCUGUUCCUGCGAUGUCAUGUUUACUUUUUCAUCGGGGUAUAAUAAAAAAAAAUAUUCUUUAUUUAA